UUUUAGGUCGGAAAUAAUUAUUCUGCACACAAGAAGUUGUUUACAAACAGAAGGUUAAGACAAUACUGUAGUUAGACACAUUUUAAUGAAGACCGUUAACCCACCGUCUUAUCGACUUGUAUUCCGUCGACAGCUUUUACCCUACCAAGAGACAGCGUGCGUGCGUGACGUGCUGUGAGGGAGCUGCUGGGGACACUGUCAGGGUGAGGCUGGUGUGACAGCAGCCAGUCAAGGUGAGGCUGGUGUGACAGCAGCCAGUCAAGGUGAGGCUGGUGUGACAGCAGCCAGUCAGGGUGAGGCUGGUGUGACAGCAGCCAGUCAAGGUGAGGCUGGUGUGACAGCAGCCAGUCAGGGUGAGGCUGGUGUGACAGCAGCCAGUCAAGGUGAGGCUGGUGUGACAGCAGCCAGUCAUGGCAGAGGAGGGGAGCAAGCUGACUUUGAGGCGCCUGGAGGCUCCCAUCCACAAGUUCACUACAGUAGUCCUCCCCACCGACCUGGAGAGGCUGGAGAAACACCACAGCAACAUCCAGAAGUUUCAGCGAUGCCAACAGUGGGAUCGUCUGCAUCAGGAGCACAUCAAUGCCAGCCGCACUGUACAGCAGCUCCGGGCCAACAUCAGAGAGAUGGAGAAGGUGUGUGGGCGUGUGCGUCCUGAAGAUGGCCCCACCCUGGAGAGACUUGUCCAGCCAAUCAGAGACCGGGCAUCAGCUUCAGCAUGCGAUUUUCUACUUUUGCAUUCAAUCCCCACCCCUCCACCUGUCCCCCUCCGCCCCGCCCACCCCUCCACCUGUCCACCAGGCCGUUCUCAUGAUGAGGAGGAUCUAUACCAUCCUCCACCUGCCACUCAAACCCAGCUCCGCCUUCCAGAGAUCCCUGCUGACCAGAGUGCUGCUGAGUCCUGGGACACUCUAGAGGGGGACCUGCAGCAGCUCUGUGGUCUGGUGACAGAGUUCUCUCUACUGGUGCAUUCCCAGCAGGAGAAGAUUGACAGCAUAGAAGACAACGUCAACACAGCAGUUGCCAGUGUGGAAGAGGGAACCAGGAGCCUGGGGAAGGCGGUGGGGUACAGCCUGGCUGUGUUGCCGGUGGCAGGUGCCGUGCUGGGGGGCGUGCUGGGAGGUCCGCUGGGCCUGCUGGCCGGCUUCAAGGCAGCGGGGGUGGCGGCUGCUCUGGGGGGCGGGGCGCUGGGCUUCGCUGGGGGAAACCUGGUCCAGAAGAGCCGGAACACCCGUCUGGAGAGCCAGAUGAAGCGGCUGACAGCACCGCCCGACACGCCCCCAGAUGCUCCGGCGCCACGGUGACCCCAGACCCCGCCCUCCAUCUCUCCAAUCACAGGCUGAGCUGAGGAAUGUCCUCUCACCUUGCUCCUCCAGACUAGCCAAUCACAGGCUGAGCUGUGACCUCUCACCUUGCUACUCCAGACUGGCCAAUCAGCUAACAGACUGACACUCACUCUGUUAGCUGCUCUGUUAGUUGCUCAAUAAAGUUUGUUAAAUGGACUGCAUUUAUAUAGCGCUUUUCUACCUUAGUGGCACUCAAAGUGCUUUAAAUGUUUUGUCUCUCAUUCACCCAUUCACACUCCCACUCAAACACAUGCAAUACACACUACAGAGGACCCUCCCUACCCUGAACUACCGAGGACCCUCCCUACCCUGAACUACCGAGGACCCUCUCUACCCUGAACUACAGAGGACCCUCUCUACCCUGAACUACAGAGGACCCUCUCUACCCUGAACUACAGAGGACCCUCUCUACCCUGAACUACAGAGGACCCUCCCUACCCUGAACUACAGAGGACCCUCCCUACCCUGAACUACAGAGGACCCUCUCUACCCUGAACUACAGAGGACCCUCUCUACCCUGAACUACAGAGGACCCUCUCUACCCUGAACUACAGAGGACCCAUCUAGCCUGGGGUAGAGAGGGUUCUGGGCUGGGCUGGUCUUGCCCCAUAGAGACUGGAGAAGAGAGAGACCAGGCUCUUGUCUCUACCCCUGAAACACUACAAGAGAGAAUCUCCCAGAGACCUGAUUACCAACCCCAGAACCAGAGAACCACACAGGUCAUUAAUCGCAGCCCAUUAGUGUGUGUGGAGGGUUAACUAACUCUGGACCCUCCCAGCAGACACCUGUGUGGAGGGUUAACUAACCCUGGAUUAAAUAGCAUAUUAUCCCUUUAGGUACCCCCACACAGAUCACCUGAGGAACUUCCAGUCUAUGCAACUCUGCCUGCCAUGCUCCGGUCAACAACUUAACUAUCAUGUAGGGAUGUUCUCAUGUUGGAAUGUUGUCAUGUGGGGAUGUUCUCAUGUAGGGAUGCUCUCAUGUGGGGAUGUUCACUCAUGUGGGGAUGUUCUCUCAUGUAGGAGUGUUCUCAUGUAGGGAUGUUCACUCAUGUGGGGAUGUUCACUCAUGUAGGGAUGUUCUCAUGUAGGGAUGUUCUCAUGUAGGGAUGUUCUCUCAUGUGGGGAUGUUCUCAUGUAGGGAUGUUCACUCAUGUGGGGAUGUUCACUCAUGUAGGGAUGUUCUCUCAUGUAGGGAUGUUCUCAUGUAGGGAUGUUCUCUCAUGUAGGGAUGUUCUCAUGUAGGGAUGUUCUCUCAUGUGGGGAUGCUCUCAUGUGGGGAUGUUCUCUCAUGUAGGGAUGUUCUCAUGUAGGGAUGUUCUCUCAU